AUGACUUCUCACGCGGCGUCUCCUCCUUUGAAAAGUUUCGUCUCCUUCACCAAGACCUGGCACAACAGUCCAUACCCGGGCAUCUCUCCCACGAGACCCGAACUCUCGGCAGCCGGCAAGAACGUCGUCAUCACGGGAGGAGGAACGGGGAUCGGAAAAGCCGCGGCCAUCGCCUUUGCCCAAGCGGGAGCCAAAUCUGUCGGCAUCAUAGGACGUAGAAUCGAUCGCCUAGAGACCGCCAGGGCAGAAAUCACUGCCGCCAGCCCUUCGACUCGGGUGGUUUGGAAGACGGGAGACGUCACCGAUCGUGCAUCCAUCGAAGGUGCUCUGCGUGCCAUUGUCGCCGAGACUGACGACAGCAAGAUCGACAUCUUUGUCAACAAUGCCGGCAUCCUUCCAAAAGAGGCUUCCGUGAUCGACUACCCGGAAUCUGAAAUUCGGAGGUGUUUCGAAACCAACCUCGUGGGCUCUUUCAACGCCUUGCAGGCCUUUACGCCGUUGGCCGCCCCGGGAGCAAAACUCCUCAACAUAGGAAGUUCCAUCAGUCACUGGGCUCCUCUCCCGGAAGUGCCGGGGGUCUGGGCCUACGCGGCCGCCAAAGCGGCCGCCCUAAAAAUGGUCGACUAUUAUGCGGCCGAGCACACGCACAUCCACGUCGUCAGCAUGCACCCGGGCAUUGUUGGCACGGAGAUCAAUCCAAAUAUUCCGGUGGGAUUCGACACAGUCGAAUUACCAGCUCAAUUUCUCGUGUGGAUCGCGUCCGACGAAGCUGCCUUUUUGAGGAACAAGUUCGUUUGGGCGAAUUGGGACGUUGACGAGCUCAAGGCUCGGGCGAAAGAGAUCCAAGCAUCAUUCCAGCUUAGGGUAUCUCUGAACGGCGUCGACAUGUAG